AUGAGUACAAAGAGACAUAGGGGACUAACUAUCGAGGAGUAUACUCCCAAAAGUGGUUUUAAUGUCACAUCCGUUGUUGAAGCUGAUAAGGAAUUGUGGAAGGCAUCCGGAGAGGAAAAGGGAGGAGAUUUCUCACAUAUUGACAUUAAGAUAAAUGAUGGUAAGAGUACUAAGACUAAACAAUUUGAAAAGAAUGUCAAUGAUGAAUGGGUCCCCAAGUGA